AUCCACUUCUUAAUGAGUGUGGUUCUUCUGCUAUUGAUUUCUAUCAGAAAUUCCCCUCUUUUCCAUUCAAUCAUUAUACUUCAAUGGUUUUGAAAUAGACAUAAAUCAUCAAUUCCAUGGGAUAGUGUCUCUCUUCUUCUGCUAUUGAUUUUGAUCAGAGAUUCUUCUUCCUCUUCGAGUCUCUCUAAAUACCAAUCUACUAAGUCGACUUCUGUGGCGCAGGCAUCUCUAGCUUCCCUCUCACUUUUGAGCCCAAAAUUCCAUGCCUAAGUGACCCUGUGUUUCCAAUGCCUCUGCUGUACCAGAUGUUCUUUAUAUUCAAUUCCUCUAUUUCAGCCUUGAGCUGGUGUGAACUAGAAGUCCCUCUCCCUGUUGCGCGUUUGAGGUAGGGUAGACGGGUUGUCAAUUGGGCUAUAAGCAUCUCUGCCUUACAUUUGAUCUUUCUGAUGGUCUUCAUAAGUAUGGGAGGUUGAAUUCUCUGAGCAGUGGUGAGUUUUCCUACCAAUGCGUUUUGUCCACAUCAUCAGAGGUUAGUGAAAGAAGAUGUCCAGGCAUGCUCAGAGAAAUCCAAAACCUAACAGACAUAAGGAUUGGUAAUGGCUUGCAACGCACUUCAGGAUUGGACCAUUUCAUCACUAAUCGCCAUAUUUUUCAAAUUGGUCAAGGCAUUUAUUUUGAUUUGGGUGGCUUCUGUUGUAUUCUUUAUAGCGAAGUUCCUGAGCUUCUUUGGUCUGCAUUUACCUUGCUCCUGCAAUGAUAUCAUACAGGACCAGAAUUCCAUAGACAGUAAUGUCUGUGUGCAGAGAGUUUUCAUUGAAUGGCCUUUCAGAAUGAUUUCCUCCACAGAAUCUCAUAUUCUCAGUAAGUUUCCCUUUAAGUGGAGUUGUACCAUUGAAAAAAGUGGUUCAUCCUCUCAAAGGAAUGCAAAUUUAAUAGAUGCACCGCCCGUGGAUGGGUCAUGUGAUAAAUUGCUACGAACUCCACAGAUGGUAAAAGAUUGCCUUUCCUACUGCAAUUCACUUGGUCCACAAGACGCCCAAAUGAUAGAUCCUGCAGCUUGUUCGGAAAUUCAAUAUAUGCAAACUGAAAUCACUGCAACCAAGAGUGGUUUUGGCACUCAUGCACCUGAUGAAAGUGAGGGUCAUGCUUGCCAGAAACAGAAAGUUGACCAGAAGUCAUCGCAGGACAGCAAUGCUGCUCCAUCAGGAUUGCAUGGUGAUGAAAAUAUGACUAUUGUUGGAGAAUGUAAUAGCAGUUUGUUGGCUACAUCAGUUGGAUACAAUCAGCUGGACAUUGAGCUUCCAGGUGUAACUGAUUUAUUUACAGAAGACACUUUGGAUAAGGUUUUGCCUUCAAAUAAUUGCUAUCAACUAGAAAAGACCUCGUCCCUGCCUGAGUUGGAGGUACCAUACAGAAUCAAUGAUUUGAGAAAACAACUCAGAGAAGAAAGGGAAGCUCGGAAGGCCCUGUCUCUAGAACUUGAUCAAGAGCGAAAUGCUGCUCAAACUGCUGCUGAGGAAACUUUGGCCAUGAUAUCACGUAUUCAAAGUGAGAAGGCAUCUGCUGAGAUGGAAGCUCGGCAAUUCAAGAGAAUAGUUGAGGAGAAAUCAGUCUAUGAUGAAGAAGCGAUAGAAAUUCUCAAGGAGAUUGUAGUCAAACUAGAAAGAGAAAGGUUGGAUCUAAAGGAUGAAGUUGAGAUGUAUCGUCGAAGCUUGCUUAAAGAUAGAAGUGAAAAGUGGGAGAGAGGAUCAUAUGCUGAUUCAAAUGAAGACAAUUCGAGUGUUCAUGAUGUUCACGUUGUCCAAACACCCACAAAGAGGGAUCUUGACAGAAACAUGAUGUCCCCUUUAUCAUUAACUCCGGACAGAUAUCAGAGUUCAUGCCUACUACAAGGAAUUGCCGAGAAUGGACUUGAAAAUAAAACUUUGAGGGACGACAACAGUGCUGGCAUUUCACCAGGCUAUGAAUAUGAGAACUUGGAAGCCAGAGAUCGAAAAACAAGCAAUGCUGGGUUGUAUUUAAACUCGAGAAGUUUGUAUGCUAAUGGUUUGGAAGGGAUACAAUCUCAUGAUUUGCGGACAAAGUCCAUGAUUCGCAGGGAUAUGGCAAGGAUGAAGGCUGAGGAUGAAAUUGAACAUCUUUCAGAGAAACUCCUAGCCCUAUUUGCAAGCAGGGAGAGUGCCAUUUCUUCUAUGCAAUAUUUAGACAAGGAAACUUUCCAGAAAAAUAUUUUAGAAGACAUAGCACAGAGUCUUAGAGACAUACACAGGUUAAGGGAAGGAGGAGAAUGUGUAGUGCAAGAGUCACUUCCUUCUGAAUCUGGCAAGAAAUCCUUUCUGGCAAUCUACUCAACAUUCUAGUUUGAGGCAAAAGAUAGAUGAGAAGGAGAUUGCACUUCCAUCAGCUUAACAACAAAAGAAUUCUUCCCAAGACUGUACAUUGUCUGUGUAAAAUUUUCUUGCGUGGCAAGCAUUGUAUUGUUGGGUAAUGUUUGGAAUUCAUUGUAGAGAUUUUAGUCAGUUGAUAAUUUGAGGUUUUGCAAGUAUGUGCGCCAUUGUGAUUUGUAGUAUCUUUAUCUCAACACAUCCUCCUUGAGUUUUGGGUUACAGCCAGUUUUUCAAGAUGAUUAUUUUCUCAAGCCAUAUGAGCUUAUGACCACCUUAGUGACUGUAUCUGAAGUCUAUUACCAAAGUUUUGAAGCAUAUUGGAACUCUUUGUAAUAUAUACAUGUGGUUGUAUUUCAUAAUGUAAUAUAACAUGGACAUAAAGGUUGUUGCC